AUGGCCAGCAGCACCAGCACAAACAAGAGACGGUCGCGUCUUCAGCCAGCCGACGAUGAUGCUGUGCAGGACCUAGUCUGCGUGGGCUUUGGGCCGGCCAGCCUUGCCGUAGCCAUUGCGCUGCACGACUCGCUCGAGGCCGGCAGCCCAACCUUGGCCGAGGACCGGCCGCUGCCCAAGGUGCUCUUCCUGGAGAAACAGGAGCAGUUUGCCUGGCAUGCCGGCAUGCUGCUUCCGGGAGCCAAGAUGCAGAUUUCGUUUGUCAAGGACCUGGCCACGCUGCGCGACCCGCGGUCUGCCUUCACCUUUAUCAACUACCUGCACUGCAAUGGCCGCCUGGUCGAGUUCACCAACCUCAACACCUUUUUGCCUGCCCGGGCCGAGUACGAGGACUACCUCCGCUGGUGCGCGAGCUUCUUUGAAGACACUGUGCGCUACAGCACCGAGGUAGACUCUGUCGAGGCCGACCAGGACGGCCAGGACGAUCAGAACAGCAAGUCGCCCGUCACCAUUUUCCGCGUGACCGCCUACGACCGCAAUGGCAAUCGCCAGGUCUUCCGCGCCCGCAAUGUACUUCUGGCCACAGGCGGACGGCCGUCACUGCCGGCCUGCCUCCCUGCCAACAACCCGCGGAUCAUCCAUUCGUCGCAGUACGCCCACCUGGUGCCGGCCAUCCUCACCAAUGCCAGCGCACCAUACCGUGUGGCCGUCGUGGGUGCUGGCCAGAGCGCGGCCGAGAUCUUCAACAACAUCCAGGGCCUAUACCCCAACUCCAAGACCUAUCUGGUCAUGCGGCAGCAGUUUUUGAAGCCGAGUGACGACUCUCCAUUUGUAAAUUCCAUCUUCAACCCCAGCUACAUCGACGAGCUGUACCCACGGCCAGCUAGGUAUCGUCAGCACCUGUUGGCCGACGCGCGGGCGACCAACUACGGGGUCGUGCGGCUGGAGCUGAUCGAGACGCUGUACGAGCGCAUGUAUCACCAGCGCCGCACUCUCGGCACCGACGAGACCAAGUGGCCACAUCGGCUACUGAGCAGCCGUCGGAUCGCGGGCGUGGAGCCGGACGAGAAGGGCAGCCUGCGGCUGCUUGUCGAACCGGAUGAUGAGGGCGAAGAGGCUACAAACGGCACAAGUGGCAAUGCCAAUGGCCAUUCCACUAAAAAAACUAACGGUCAUACCAACGGUCACAAUGGCCACACGAACGGCACCAACGGCCACCCCAAGACCGAAGAGCUCGACGUCGAUCUGAUCAUUGCCGCCACCGGUUACCAGCGAAACGCCCAUCUGGCUAUGCUGCGCGACCUCUGGCCACUGCUGCCGGAAAAGACGGCCGCCCAGCAGACGGCUGAGAAGUGGGAGGUCAAGGAGGACGAGUCUGACAGCCCCACCAGAAUCCUUCGGGUCUCGCGUGACUACAAGGUCCAGUUCAGUGCUGGAAGUAUUGCAGACGGAUCUGGCGUCUGGCUGCAAGGCUGCAACGAGGGCACACAUGGCCUUAGCGACACGCUGCUGUCGGUGCUGGCUACGCGCUCAGGAGAGAUUGUGGAGUCGAUUUUUGGCCGGGAGAAGUAG